GUGCUUAUUCGCGCCUAAAGGGAAGCAACCAACAGACGAAAAGUGCGUAAAUCUGCCGUGUGUGUCCGUUCAUAAGCGUGGAGGAAAGUGUCUGUCAUCGGGCGGUGACAACGGCAAAAUGUCGAGGAGGAUCACACAGGAUACCUUUGACGCUGUUGUCAGAGAAAACAUAGAAGAAUUUGACAUGGAUGCUGAUGAAGCUUUGAGGGAAGCUGUGGAACAGUUUGAGUCUCAAGGUGUGGACCUCAGUUGUAUAAUAAAAGUUGUACCAACUGUAUCAUCUGACGAUAAAUCAGAAGAGCAUACCCAUGAAGUCUUACAGGCUUUGGAUUCCCUUCGAAUUGGAAAAAACUCCUGUAGCGUUCCAGGAGUAAAUACAAAGGCAGCUCUGGAACACUUUACUCAACAGUGCUCGCUUGGGUUUGCCCAGCGGUACCUAGCUGCUCAAAACAAUGCUUACUUCGUCAUUCUGUCCUGCUGCAAAAAGAACGUGGAUGACCGGGACGCUCUGCUGGUCUCGCUGUCUGCUUUGGCUGCACUGACAGAUGGACAGCCUGAUUUGUUAGAUGUGGAGGGACAGCAGUUUCUUUUGGUUGUCCUUAGCAAGUACCAGGCAGAUGUUUCUGUGAUUUGUGACGCCAUCUGCACCGUACGUCAGUGCUGUUUGAAGCAUGAACAGAACAGACAGGAUUUUGUGAAAGGUGGAGUCUUACCACUGCUGACCCAGUGCAUUGAAAAACACAGUGGAUGUGCUGAGCUAGUCAAGGAAGCCUCUGCAGCUCUUAGGGUCAUGACCUUUGAUGAUGAUGUCCGAGUCACAUAUGGGCACGCCCAUGACCAUGCUAAGAUUAUUGUUCUUCAGCACAGUGGGCUGAAGGUCUUAAUUGAGGCUGCCAAAGAUCACCUUGAUAAUACUUCUGUCCUUGGUGAGCUGUGUGCAACUUUGUCACGCCUGGCUGUGAGGAAUGAAUUCUGUCAAGACAUCUGUGAUCUCGGUGGGUUAAAGCUCUUCAUGACUCUCCUGGCAGACAGCUAUGACUCACCGGAAUUGGUUCGGCAGGUACUUAGUGCAAUUAAAGCCAUAGCAGGAAAUGAUGAUGUGAAAGAUGCAGUUGUUAAUGCAGGAGUCGUCCAGCUCACAGUCAUUGCCAUGAACAGGCACAUGAACAUCUCAUCUGUGUGCGAGCGUGGCUGCGCAUGCCUAUCUGUUCUCGCUCUGCGUAAACCCAACAACUGCAAAGUCAUAAUGGAGAAUGGCGGUGCCUCGGCUGCUUUGCAGGCUAUGAAAUGUCAUUCUGAUGUUGUCAGUGUGCAGAAACAGGCAUGUAUGCUUUUGAGAAACUUGGUUGCACGAAUGCGCAGCUAUUGCCAACCACUUCUGGACAUGGGGGCAGAGCCUCUGAUAGCCCAGGCCUUACGCGCUCAUCAAGACUGUGGUGAUGAGGCUAAAGCAGCCCUAAGAGAUCUUGGAUGCCAGGUGGAGCUUCGGGAGCUGUGGACUGGUAAACACAGCAGCCUUGCCAACUAGAGGAAAAGAGUAGCACGAAGGGCUGAAAGCUUCAAAGAGGAAAAUGCUUGAGCGUAAUAAACUCUGAUGUCUGUAUACAUAGUACAACCCCUGAACUCCACUUUGGCACACAUUUUGGCAAGUUCCAGUGAAAUAAUUUCGAAACCCUUUGUGUUGAUUAUGAGCCGUUUUGUGUCCCAUACAUUUUUUUAUUUUAUGUUUGAUACAUAUUUGUUGGUGGGUAAAUUGUUUUGUACAACAUUGGCUAAUUUACUAAUGUAUUUGCAUUCAUGAAAAUAGCAGAUGUCCCAUACGUCCAUUGUUGUGAAUUCUGUGUCCUGUGCUGGCAGUGCCAAAAUUAUUGAACGUCUUACUAGACAUUCCUGUUUGUGCAUAUACUCUACAUUCUGCAUGAUUAUGAUCAAAUUUACUUUUGGUUAUUACCCUGCGUAUUGACAAAGCAGAAACAGCAGAGUAUCUUUUUCA